UGAUGACACAGCGGCAGCAGCAGGAGCCGGACUCAGAGCGGAGCGAGCGGCAGGGUGAAAAGGAGCGAGAGGGAGAGAGCGGGGAACGCAAGGUGCGGGGGGAGGAGACGGUGCACGUUCCAAAGCAUCCCUAUGUGGCUGCUGGUGCGGAUCAGCUUGCUUCCCCCGCUUUCUCAGUCAACAACUUACUGAGAUGCCUUUUCUUUUGCAAGAGGCUGUCAGCUCCGAGCCCCAGCAAGAAAUAAAAGACUUCACCUUGGAACAGUUCCUCUCACUCCUGCAUCAUUAAAGAGGAUUUUGAAAAGAAAACAAACAACAAAAAAAUCAAGCCCCCUUUCCAGCCCCUCUUCGUUCCAGAAAGGAACAGAAACAGUUACGUGCUUCAGGACCCAAUCACAGCAGAAUAGAAGAAAAUAUAUCACCACUCAUGAAGUGAAUUAUAAGGUAGAAAAUGAUUGUCCGUGUUCACUUACUGUGAAGAUUUGAAAUCAGACGACUACAGCUUUGAUUCUCCCAAGCGUUUCAGGAUGUAAAUGUAGUCUGACCUUUCCCUGAUGGGCGGUUAAAUCAUGGACACGCUAAACAAUUUACUUUGGACUGUCCUUUCAAAAGAUGCUCUGGCUUCUCUCUUGAAUGCGCACUAAGCAUUUGUAACUGACAAGGAAAAGAAAGGAGACUGUGAACAGGAAAGCUAUCUUACAAUGAAAAUUACGAGCACAUCUUGCAUCUGUCCAGUCCUAGUGUGUCUCUGUUUUGUGCAGAGGUGUUAUGGAACUGCUCACCACAGCUCCAUCAAGGUGACCAGAAACCAGACCAAACAUAUUGAAGGUGAAACCGAAGUCCACCACCGUCCCAAAAGGGGAUGGGUUUGGAAUCAGUUCUUUGUUUUAGAAGAACAUAUGGGACCAGAUCCUCAGUAUGUUGGAAAACUGCACUCCAAUUCAGACAAAGGUGAUGGGUCUGUCAAAUACAUUCUUACUGGAGAAGGUGCUGGGACUAUAUUUAUCAUUGAUGAUACCACUGGUGACAUCCACUCAACGAAAAGCCUAGACAGAGAGCAGAAGACCCAUUAUGUGCUUCAUGCCCAAGCUAUUGACAGACGAACAAACAAGCCUCUUGAACCUGAAUCCGAGUUCAUAAUCAAAGUACAAGACAUCAAUGACAAUGCUCCAAAGUUCACAGAUGGACCAUACAUCGUGACUGUGCCUGAAAUGUCGGAUAUGGGUACCUCUGUUCUGCAGGUGACAGCUACUGAUGCAGAUGACCCUACCUAUGGAAACAGUGCUCGUGUGGUGUACAGUAUUCUCCAGGGACAGCCCUACUUCUCCGUAGAUCCUAAAACAGGAGUUAUUAGAACUGCCUUACAUAAUAUGGACAGAGAAGCCAGAGAACACUAUUCAGUGGUCAUUCAAGCCAAAGACAUGGCUGGGCAAGUUGGAGGGCUUUCUGGAUCGACAACGGUCAACAUCACCCUGACUGAUGUCAACGACAACCCCCCACGGUUUCCUCAGAAGCACUAUCAGCUAUAUGUUCCUGAGUCAGCUCAAGUUGGUUCAGCUGUUGGGAAAAUCAAAGCAAACGAUGCAGACACUGGUUCAAAUGCUGACAUGACCUAUUCUAUCAUUAACGGUGAUGGUAUUGGGAUAUUCUCCAUCUCCACUGACAAAGAGACCAGAGAAGGGAUCCUUUCUUUAAAGAAGCCACUGAACUAUGAGAAAAAGAAAUCAUACACUCUCACCAUAGAAGGAGCAAAUACACAUCUUGAUUUCCGCUUUUCUCACUUGGGUCCUUUUAAAGAUGCUACCAUGUUGAAGAUCAUUGUUGGAGAUGUGGAUGAACCACCCCUCUUUUCCAUGCCUUCCUAUGUCAUGGAAGUGUACGAAAAUGCCAAAAUCGGGACUGUCGUUGGCACAGUUUUGGCACAAGAUCCUGACAGUGCUAAUAGCUUAGUAAGGUACUUCAUUGACUACAGUGCUGAAGAUGACAGAUGUUUCAACAUUGAUGCCAAUACUGGAACUAUUAGGACUACAAAGGUCCUUGAUAGAGAAGAAACUCCAUGGUACAACAUCACAGUGGCUGCCUCAGAAAAUGACAAUCCUGGUUUGCUGAGCCAUGUCACAGUGGGUAUUAGAGUUCUGGAUGUCAAUGACAAUCCACCCGAACUUGCCAGGGAAUAUGAUAUUGUUGUCUGUGAAAAUUCAAAGCCUGGCCAGGUGAUUCAUACGAUCAGUGCCACUGAUAAAGACGAUUUUGCAAAUGGACCAAGGUUUAACUUUUUUCUUGAUGAACGCCUAUCUAUAAACCCAAACUUCACUCUGAAGGACAAUGAAGAUAACACAGCCAGCAUUCUGACAAGGCGGAGGAGAUUUAGUCGAACUAUUCAGGAUGUGUAUUAUCUCCCCAUUAUGAUCUCUGAUGGUGGAAUCCCCUCUCUCAGCAGCAGCAGCACCCUCACCGUCAGGGUUUGUGCAUGCGAGAGAGACGGGCGAGUGCGGACCUGCCACGCGGAAGCGUUCCUGUCCUCGGCUGGCUUGAGUACAGGAGCCUUAAUCGCUAUUCUGCUGUGUGUUGUCAUUCUCCUAGCAAUUGUAGUACUUUUUAUCACCCUGAGACGCAGCAAAAAAGAGCCGCUGAUCAUCUCUGAGGAGGAUGUGAGGGAGAAUGUGGUCACCUAUGAUGAUGAGGGUGGCGGAGAGGAAGACACCGAAGCCUUUGACAUCACAGCCUUGAGGAACCCAUCUGCCGCUGAGGAGCUCAAGUAUCGGAGAGACAUCAGACCCGAAGUGAAACUCACCCCCAGACACCAGACAUUGUCCACCCUGGAAAGUAUAGAUGUUCAGGAAUUUAUCAAGCAAAAACUGGCAGAAGCCGACCUAGACCCCAGCGUCCCCCCUUAUGACUCUCUUCAGACUUAUGCUUAUGAAGGUCAGAGAUCAGAGGCUGGGUCUAUCAGCUCACUGGAUUCAGCGACCACACAGUCAGACCAGGAUUAUCACUACCUUGGAGACUGGGGACCUGAAUUUAAAAAGUUAGCUGAACUCUAUGGAGAAAUAGAAUCUGAAAGAACAACUUAGGGGGUUAAUUCUUGCAAUCUUGUAGAAUUUGCUUCCUGAGCAAGUGGAGAUACAACCUCAACAAUGACAAGGAAGAAACGUGGAGACAGUACUUGGAACUGAGCAAGCUGUACACAGCUACUGUAGAAACAAGUGCCCUUUCCAUGAUCGAAACUGGGUUAUUUAAUCAGAAGACAGUCAAAUUAAAAAAAAAAAAAAAAUACAGAGAAAAAGCUAUUGUUCCUUGUGUAUAUUUUCAAUUGCUCAAUAAAGUCUGUGGUACUGUUUAAUUAAGAAUACCUGAAUUAAGCCAAACAAUGAUAUUUGUUUCAAUAUUUUGUGAUUUAUUUUCCAAAAUCAAAACUAAACAGAAAGAUUCAAAAUCACUUAUGAUUAGGGGUGGUACACCACAAAAUGAAGCUUAUGCAGGUAAUCAGGACCUCUUUUUCCACUUCUGUGGACUCCUGAGAAUGAUACUCUGUUACUAUGACGGAUCUUAUUAGCGUUGUCUUGUGUUCGACUGACACGAGGUAUAUCCAGUAUACCAGGUCACUCCAUCAUGGACUUGUAUGUACCAUUUUCUUUUGCCCUCCCCACUUCUUUUCUCCAUACAAAAUUGAUGGAGCAUGGGGAUUUGCUGCUUGCACUAUAAUGUAUGCAACUUCUGCGCACCUGCUGUGCACCGCUCUGAAGCACGGAGACUACCGUCUCUGUCCUGCCUGCCCUCCUUUCUUUUAACAAAAGAAUCCCCCCCUUUUUUUUUAAUGGAUACAAUGAAUGGUUUAAGUAAGAUAUACUCAGAUAAUCUAUGUCAGGGAAAGAUUCAAUUUAAAAUAUAGUCACAAACCUUAUCCUGUAUAAAACGUUGGAAACUCAAUGACUUGUUCCAUUCCAUUUGUUUUAAGACAUUUACAUCGACAGUUUUGAUCAUGCCAAUACCUAAAAUUAGUUGUUGGGCAUUUUGCUGCUUGGUUUAUAUUUCAGUCUAAUUUGCUUAUUUAUAUAACACAAGUGGUCAUUGAAAAUAUGUACCUCACAUGGUAACAAUGUAAUCUGAAAAGAUGAUACUCCAAUUUACAUAAAUCUUGUAGACCUUGGAUUGACUUACCUUUAUUCCUUACACAGGUUCAGAUUGUCCUCAUCACACUGACUGCUUAGCCCUUAUCUGUUUGGGAUCUACAGGAAAAUAUAUAAAACUAAAGCAAAACAAUAGGAGAUUCACCCUUAUUAUACUUGGAAACGUACCUCAAAGUCUAUGAGCUUCAGGUUCCCAAACCACAAAAUAGAGAUGGCAAAGACUUCCCUCCUGUCUCACAGGUUGUGUGAGGAUCAAGAAGCAUCUGUAAAAGUGCUUUGCCAACUGCAAAGUGUUCUGUCAUGUAAAGGCUUGCAGACACUAUCUAAUUUUCUAAUUCUGUUAGCUGACAAAUAGUCACAUACAUUUUUGAAUAAAAUAUAUUAUCAUGAGAGAAUUUCAUAAAACCUUCAACAGUGUGGCAACUGCUAACUAAACAUAAUAGACAUUUAAUUAUUUUGAUAUUUUCCCAAAUAAACUAAUUUUCUUCAAAUUUCUUGUUUUUUCCCCCCCUAAAAUGGUUUAAAUAAUAUUUUGCUGUUGUCACUAUUGGUCUUAAAAUAAGCAUAAUGGUCCUAGUCUCCAAAAAUUACCAUAUUUAUUUAUUUCAAAUAGAUUGAAGUUUUAAAACCCACAAUUUAAAAAUUAUCUCAAGAAGGAGUUUUUCCUUAGCUCUUUAAAUUUCUCAUAAUCAAGUGUCCUCAAAAGUUACGUGGCAUUUUCUGAUUCCACCUAUGUGCAAAAUUUUAAAUUUUGCCUCUGUUUGCAAUUACCCUGUGCUAUCAUAUUUCAGUUUAGAGGUAUGGGAAAUAAGUAAGCUUAGUUUGAAUAAUUCUCAAUAUGUGUUAUAAGCUCAAGGAAUAAAAUUUAAUUUAAGUUUUUUAUCACAUUUUAGCUUUCCAAAUGCUGCUUUAUCAUUUUUUAAUAUCAUAAUGGUGUGCAUUUUCGUAUAAUGCUUUAUCAGGAAAAAACACCACCACCACCACCACCACCCAGGGGCCUUGGGGAAUGACCUCUGGAGACACAUACUCUGAUUAUACUAAUGUUGGACCACAUUCACACUGAAAGAAAGGUACACUUGUGGAGAAUUACUGUGGAUGCUGGUGUUAGGACUUUCCUAUGCAAAGGGGAGCAGGAAGGUCAGGUUUGGGAAUUCCAUUGCACCAGUUUGGCUUUGGAUUUAGAUUUGUCAUAAACUAUUCACAGAUUAUUUUCUUUUGUUGAUUUUGUUUUCUUAAUAUCCACCUGGUGACAUUACAGAUGAGAUUUGAAAGCUGAAAACGUAUCUGUACAUUUAACCAUUUGCAUAAAACCCAAGGUCCUCUGCAUGGUUUUCAGUAUGAAAAUAUUUCCCUGAUUAUAUGAAAAAAGCACCUCCGAUCCAUCUCAUUUAAUUAUACAUUAUGAUGAUAAUGGAUUGCUUCUAAGUCCCUAAUGUUAAAUAUAUUAUGGAGGCAAAAUGGAGCUUCUGUAGUCCUAAAAUGCUAUGUUUCUGUGUUGAUUUAUUCUAGAAUUUUGUUAAUGAAGGCAUUCCAAGUGUUAUAUUUUACAUGAACUCUGAAACUAGACAAUUACAUCAUUAUUAUACAGGUGAUCAAAUAUUUUUUAAGAUUCUACCACUUUGAGUCAAGAAAAAAAUAUAAUGAUAUAUAGAAGUUCUGCAAAUAGAUUUAAGUCAUCUUAGUACUUAAUAUCUUGUUUUAAGAACUCCAGUUUGUCCAUAUCAGAAGAAAAUUCUCUAAGACUUUAGUGGGCAAAGAGUUUGUAUAUCAAUUCUUGAGUAUUUAGUGGACCAUAGAUAAUUAGCUAUGGAAUCAUAUGUGAUUCCAUAUAGAAUCAGCUAUGGAAUCACUCAUGUGUCUUGGACAACACAUUUUGUAAGCCUUAGCUGAUAUUUAUAGAUCUAAAUAAAAUAUAACUUUGAAAUCAACUUCCUUAUUUCUAAUAAAAUAAUUUCCUACAGAUAGACCCUAUGCAAAAUGGUAGCUGCUAGCUAGAGGAAAUAUAAACAAUCAUGAUAAUAUUUUUAUCUAAGUUAUUUUUUUUACAAGAAUUCCAAGUAUUCUUUUUGCAAACACUGGGAAAUUAAUAGAUCUUGCAGGAAUCACUGAAGAUGUAUCAUCAGAAAGUUUUUCUAUGACAAAUCUGUAUAAACAGAUCUGAAGUGGAGAUUGAAGGCAAAGUUAUUCUUAAAAUAAGGUUCUAUAAAAAGUUAACUUACAACUUUCCUAUAACCUGCUCUAAAAACAAAAAAUAUUCUGAGGAAAAUUGCAUUCGCAUAACCACAUACAGACAUACACACAUGUAGAAACAUAUAUGUCUUCUUGAAAAUAAUAUUUGGAGAAUAAAAGAAUACUCAAAAGAGUGACUUGAAUAUUGAUAUGAUCCAAAUAUGUGGAGUAUACAAAAUCUUAGUACCUGACAUAUAAACAAUUCACCUGGAAGCUAAUGAACAGUUUUUAAUUGACAUUUUUUAAAAAGAUUUUAUUUAUUUAUUUGACAGACAGAGAUCACAAGUAGGCAGAGAGAGGGGGAAGCAGGCUCUGUUGAGCCUAACGAAGGGCUUAAUCCCAGGACCCUGAGAUCAUGACAAGAGCCAAAGUCAGACACUUAACCCGCUGAGCCACCCAGGCUUGGGUUUUUAAACUUUGAAUAGUUUUUAACCUUUAUUUUGUAUCCAGCCUCUGGCUAAGCUUCAGAACUCUCCAUGAUGAGAGCUGACUCACAAGUGUGUUUACAAAGAGCGGACAAAAUUAUUAGGUAUAAAUCCAAAUUUUAUAAAAGAGGACUCAAUGGAUAGAGUGCAGCUAUUAAAUACUAACAAGUGCUUUGACUUACUUUGUACACCACAGUAUAGUCAGAAAUAAUGGGUAGAAAGAAGAAGGUGUAUUGAGUCCACCAUUUUUAGCCAUGUAGAAAGCUGAAGUACACAAUUUGUUUAAUUUGUUCUUACUGACCUCCAGCCAUAUGUUUGAUUUGUUGUCUUCUUUUUGGUUUGCUGAAUAUAUAGGAAAAGCAAACCAAAAUUCAGGUAGACUCAUUCAUCUCAACAGCCAUCCAGAAGUGUCAGUUAACUGAGUACUGUGAUAGGUAUCCUGGAGCACCUGAAGCAUACCCAUAUCCAAUACUUUGGGGUAAGUCUUCUUUGCUUUUUAGCGUGGACAGUGCUUGAUUAGCUAUUCAAAAAAUUGCAACUCUAAAGCUGAUUAUUCUGGAAAGAGGAAAGAAUCCCAUAUUUCAAACUGAAAUUGUACUUAGCUUCAAGGUAUGAUAACAUUCAGUUACCUGACUUGGCUUUCAAUUUCGAGAAUAGAAGAAAUGUCAGAAUAGUUCUUGGGAGAAAUGUGACUUGAAUUCAAAUUUUCUCUCUCUUUUUCUUAUCCUUUAGGAUUAAAAGCAAAUUAAAUGUUAUCUGAAGGAAACAAACCAUUUCAACUUUUAGUUUCUACCUCAUCUGCAGAAGGUAAAUCUUUUUGCAAUGUAAAAUUAGAAAUCUCAUAAACCUCAUGGGCAAAAGUAGCUCGCAACCAUUUGAAAAUAAAAUUAGAACACAGCCCACUCUCUUUUUCAAAGAUCCAAAUACAACAUUUUAAAGUGAAAAUAUGAAUAGGAACACUCUUUAAUAUGUCAAAAGUUGUGUCCUUAAGUUUGACUUACAGCAAUGAAAGAUGUAGUUUUGUUGUUUUUAAAUAAGUUUAGAGAUGAGAGUAUAACAGAACACAUUCUUCUUUGGGGCACUGAUACAGAAAAAAAUAAAAUAAGUACUCUUAGGCUAGUAAGAAAAGAUUACAUUUAUCCACUUUGCGAGUCUACAGAAAGGAAGGUUCUUUACCUUUCAAUGCUACAAAGGCAUGAAAUCUAUUUCAGUAAUGAUCCGGUUUUAAAGUUUUGGGUGAAAGUGAAUGAAGAAAAUAGGCAUUUAAGGGCUCUCAAAAUUAUAUCCUGUGAGGAAUGCAUGUGCCAUUUAUAGAUUUAAGUGGGAUCACCAAAUGGUUUAGUCUUAUUGCCCAGCAAUAUUAGCUUUGAAAGUAGGAAAAUGGACCAUAAUAGUUAGUGUCACCCAAAUAAUUUCAUCAAGGCAAUUUUUCAUAUGUCAAAUGCAUCAAAUUCUUACUCUAAAUCAUCUAUUCUUUUCAAAGUACUUUUUUCAAAUGCCUUAGUUUCAAACAGAAAUUCACUCUAACAUUUAUUAAUCGGGUAAAUUCUAAUUAUGCACUACAUCUCAGAUACUGUUUCAGACACUGAAAGAGAUGUGAAAAAAAUCUUGGUGGUAGGUGUUAUCAUCAAUGAAAUUAGAGUCUCACUUCAGAGGUAAGGCCUACAUAUAAAAAGUUGUAGAAAAUAUAAUAUAAAGCAAAAAGUGGCAAGUGUUCUAAAAUAGUUUUGGAUACGAUGUUAAAUUGUAUCAAUACAAUUAUAUCAAUGCAGUGAAUUGUAUCAAUGUUAAAUUGUGUCAAUACUGUGCCUACAUGGAGCAAAACUGGAGGUACUGUAUAGGACAGGGGAAUGGUACAGCGCAGAAGGUAGAAGCAGAGAGGACAAUGUAAACAAAUGUACAAAGGGAGAUUAUUCUGUAUAUGCAAAAGAGGAUUCAUGCAGGGAAAUAAUUAUAAUGCAAAAUGUUAAACAAAGUUGGAUUUAAAUUUAGGGUGAUUGAAUGAAACUUAUUCUUUAAGCAAUGUCAUUGAGUUUAUUUUCCCCAAACAAGAGAUCAAUGGUGGACACUUUCCUUUUAGGUAUCUGAAACUUUUAUUAAUGUCUGUUAUUCAGUGAAGAUAAAGAAAGAUUACAGAGUUACUUAAACUUACAGAAGAAAUAGUAGACUAUGUUAGUCAUUUCCAAGGUACAACUACUUAUUUUAGGAAUAUAUCUUAAGGAAAAAAAAGAAGCCAUAGGUGAUGUAGAUUUCAGGUUUGAUUAUUGGAUUCAUUUUAUUUUAUCAAUUUAUUCAUUAUAAUAAAAAUAAAAUGAGGUCAAGAAAUAAACUUUUAAGAACAGAAUUUAUUCAUGUGAAUUUAUUCUUAGCUGGAUAAAUGUGUCUAUCUUCUAUAAUCUUUGUUUUAGGUAUAAAAAUAUUUUUGGGGUGCCUGGGUGGCUCAGUGGGUUAAGCCUCUGUCUUCGGCUCAGGUCACUAUCCCAGGGUCCUGGGAUCGAGCCCCACAUAAGGCUCUCUGCUCAGCAGGGAGCCUGCUUCCCCCUCUCUCUCUGCUUGCUGCUCUGCCUACUUGUGAUCUCUGUCUGUCAAAUAAAUAAAU